AUGUUUGGAGUCACCAGGGUAAUAUAUUUAGGACAUAUAAUAGAAGACAGAGGAGUCAUGCCAUUAAGUAAAAAUAUUGAAGGUAUAAAAAAUAUGCGAUCGCCAAAGGACGAGAAGGAGUUGCAGUCGUUUAUGGGAAUGAUAAAUUUUUAUCAUCGAUUUAUUGAAGCUUUUGCAGAAAUAGCCGCUCCAUUAUAUGACUUGUUGAAAGAUAAUACAUUCAGAUGGUUGGAAAUUCAGGAAAGAAGUUUUAACAAGUUGAAGGAUAAUAUAUGUAGAAAACCCAUUUUACUAUGUUUUGAUAAUGAUUUGGAGGUGAUUUUAUCAGUGGAUGCUUCUGCAAGGGGAGUGAGAGAAGCACUUUUACAAAUAUUGGACAAGGAGGAAAGGCCUGUUAUAUAUUUUUCGCGAAGGUUCAGACCAGUGGAGGAGCAUUAUUCGGUUAUUGAAAAUUGA